UAAACCCUCCCACUUCCCCCACUCUCCCCAAAAACCCUCUUCCCGCCAACGGUUUCGCUCUUCCGGCAGCGAGACGGAAGCCGAGGAAAGCUCCGGCGAUCGGCCGGAAUGGCCGCGACGGUCGCGUCGAGGGACGUUCAGGAGAUCAUCUCGAAGCUGUCUUCCGAUAAGGCCAAGGCCCGAGAAGAGGGAAUCAAGUUGUUGAACAUAUGGUUGGAUGGGGAGAGAUCCUUUGGCUUCUGUAAAUAUCUCGGGCAAAACACUCUGAAGCUAUCGUCGAAUGAAGUGCCUCACUCUGAAACAUGGCCGUUUCUUGUCAAAUUGCUCAUCCAGUGCGUGUCAUUGGAGGUGUCAUCCAGCAAAAAGAGGUUGCCCAAGUCAACAUAUGCAAAAUCUCUCAGAAUCGUGGUCCAAAGGGCGCAUGAUACCAAGUUUUCAGGCAAUGAUUUGCCAUUGAUAUCUGUGGCGAAAAUGCUGUUUAAUCACAUAUGGGAUGUCUUAAGCAAUGUUCCAAGCUUUCAAUCAGAAUAUGGGUUGAUUCUACGGCAUCUUUUGGUCGUCAGAGAUUAUCAAUUUCACAUGAGGAAGAAAAUAUAUGGCAACAUGGUGCUUCUGUUCAUGGAGAAGGUCAAGACAAGUUUGAGUGGUUAUAAUCAAUCCAAUGUCAAGGAGGAGGUUUUUCGCUGCAUUUUGCUGCUGCAGUGUAUGCUGGAAAAUCCUCCCGGGGACUUCCCAGAUAAUAUUAGGGAAGAGAUCAUCCACGGUUUUGUUAGGAUAUUCUCUUUUGUUAGGGAAGAGGGCAAGAUUGCACGCAAACUUCUUGAGUGUUUUAACAUGUUUUUGCUGAAGGACGGUCCAAAUUUAGGUUGUCAGGUGUUGAAUAUUCAUGAGACAGUGCAACAAUUUGUGUUACGUAAUUGGCUGACUUCACGGGAGCGAGGUCUUAAGGAUGCACUUAUUUUGUACGCAAGGUCACAGCUGAAUUUGACUAAAGAAGAUGCUGGGAGGGGUCUGGUUGAACAACUUUUGGACGUUGUUUGUAAGGAUCUCGAUCAAAGCACUAUCUCUACCAGUGGUGUCCCUUGGAGUGAAGUGGUCAAGGAUGAUAAAUUCGGUAUUCUUAGUGGUUCUUAUUGUGGUUUGGUGGAACUGGCUGCUCUUCUAUUCUAUAAGUCAUGCAUCAGCACAAGCAAAGCACCAUCCCCGGGAAAACGGAUUAAAAGGGAACAUGCAGCCAUCCUUCUGAAAGAGGCACUAAUGGAAGGAAAAUGGUCAUGGCAUGCUGCGUUCUGUUGUCUUCUAUUUAGAUACCAGAGUUGUAUUAGCACAGACCUUUUCACCUACUGGUUUGAGGGUAUAUGCGCCAACUUUGAAAGGAUUAUGAAUGAUGCCAACACAGAGCAUAGUUAUGGAGGUUUUCUGUGGACUUUGAGGAGUCUGCAGAAGCUAUCUUCGCUGCUCUCACUCUCAGAUUCACUCAAUGAGUUUGACUCGGGCUGGCAGUUGAUAUGGAACAGUCUGAUGCAUGGUUUUCCACUGUUCAGUAAUAUAACCAUGGUGGCUGAUGCUGCUCUCAUGCUUCUUGGGAACCUGAUUUCAAGGGAUCUAGUUUUUAGCUACUUAAUACCUGAAGAUAUAUGGGAUCUAAGGUUAUUCAAACGAACAAUGUCAGAGUCUGUCUUGUAUUUCAUUUCCAGUUACUUCUCCAGGAAAGGUUCUCAAGUCGAACCCCAAGACAUGUUACAUCUAAGGAAAAAGCUGUUGAGAACAGUCUUAGAUGGUCUAAGAUGGAAGGAUUCAACCCUGUUUGAUGAGAAAAUUGUGCUGUUGUUGCCUGCUUCCAUUUCUGCCCUUUGUUCUGGUUAUGAUCCAUUUAAGUGUUGUCACAAAGGGACUCCUUCGUCAAACUGUCCUCUAAGUGAUGCUGAUGCUGUUGCCGGUGGAACCAAGAGAGAAGAUCAAUGUGACAAUUUGCCUCACAUUUUUGACUGCUCUGUGGAAGCUCUGACAAAAAUUGACUCGUGUUGCAAUAGGGAGGUUUCCCUUGUCCAUCUGCAUCAAGAAGUCCAUCUUCCUCCUCGGCAGCUAAGAGAACUGCUGUUGCGUGACUUGGGGAUUCAUGUUGAAGGAGCUUUGGUGUUGGAGGAUCCUAAAAGCAAGCCUCUGUCAGAUAUUUUCUUUGUAUGUGCUCACUUGGCUAACUUAAUAUAUGCCUUAAAUUUCAUCAGACAAAGGAAAGAAGAAGUAGUAGUCCUAUCAAAUAUGGCCAAAUUCUUGGCAGAGCUUUUAAAUAAUGCUGCUGCUGUCAUUGAAGAAGUCCAAAACGAUGUUCAUUCACAAGGUUGUUCGGGUUCUAGUGUGUUGCGUGAUGGAACAAGUGCUAUUUUAGUUUCCUUUAGAAGCUUUGUUUCCUCGCCUAUUUUCAAAGAGUGGAGAAAUGGAAAUGCUCUAGAUGCUGUGUCUAAUAGGGCAAUAAGCCAGUCCAUUCAGAGGCUCUUAAGAGCAUUGGUUGGUCUCUAUGAAAGUAGAAGGUAUGAAAGAAGCCCUCAGUCCGAUGUGGGCUCAUCUGCUGUUGAUGUGAUGCUUGAUCAAUAUUCAUGCCAAAGUGGUGGAGAUAAGAGCCGGAUUGUGGACAUGGAAUUGGAUGCGGGCAAGGAUUCUAAAAAUGUAGAUAUUCCUCCAGAUGGUGGGGAAAUGACUUAUGGAAUAUCAUUUUCUGUUAAAUGUUGGAAGCUGGGCAUGAUAUCGCUGAUAUCAUGCUUUUUCUCUGUGGAACCUGAAAUGACGUGGGAAAUUUUAUGUGGUUUACUGAAAAUAGAGUGUGAUAGGAAGGUGUCAGAGAAUAUUUUGCAUAAUGUUUUCUCGUAUCCAUAUUGGUCUUCUGCAGUAAAUGUUUUGGAUAUGGUGAAUCUCCUGAAUGGCAUGAUGGAGACGCAAGUCAAUCUUAAGCUGGAUUGUGGCAAUAUAGUAGCUGCAAUUUGCACCUUCACAGGAACUUUGUUGCGUUUAGAAAGAGUCAGAAAAGAUGGAGACUCUCUUGUGUUUUUUGGAGAAGAAGAAUUUGACCAGAGUUUGGCACGGCUCAGAGAUAUGGUGUCUGCAAUUGCAGAAGUUGAACUUCUUGAUUGGUCAGGACGUCUAAAGCUUGUUGACAGCAUAUGCAAUUUGGUCCUAAUAUCUCCUAAAGUGGGUCAGAUGUUGAUUGAGAGACUGCUCACCAUGCUUCGAGACUCUGACUAUAGAGUAAGGCUGUUCUUGGCUAGACGUAUUGGUGUUCUUUUUCAGACAUGGGAAGGUCAUGAAGAGUUGUUUGAGGAUAUAUGCUCCAACUUUGAUGUUCCAUUGGUAUUUUACUUGAAAGGAAAGAUUGUCCCUGCAAGGGAUGUAUUAGCAGCUGGUCCACAGCCUCGUCCUAUGAUGGAAACUAUCAUCCUUACUCUGUGUCAUCUCGCAUUGCACAGUGAAAAAAUAGAGCUCCAGGCUGUCUUUAUGAUAUGCGUAAUUUCCGCAAUUGAUCCUUGUCACAGGGUGCUGGCAAAUGCAGUGCUUGACAAUUUGUCCAGAAUGCUUCAAUACACUACCAGGUUAAAGUAUCUGGAAGAACUCAUGGGACCUAUCAUCUUCUGCUGGGUUACUUGUGGCGUAAGUUUGGCUGCCCUUGUUGAGGUGAGACAUUUUUUUGUUUCGGAGGUGGAACCCAGGUACUUUGUGCAGUAUUGUUGUGAUUGGCUUCUUCCAGCACUCAUUCUGCAUGAAGACAACAAAUCUGAUCUCUCCUGGCUUGCACAGAUUUCUGGUCAACCUUUGGCAGUGUUGGUUCAAAAUCACUUCGUCCCAAUUUUUGCAGUUUGUAUGGCUCUGCACUGCAGUAAAAUUUCGGGAUGGGAAAAAGGAGCAAUGGUGCUCCAGCGUUAUAUUCUUCAGAUUGCCGAGAUUUCUGAGACUGCAAGGGACAAUCUUAUUAAAAAGCACAUGGUGUCCAUAGUUAGCCACCUGUUAUCCCUUGCCUAUGAUGGGUCGGAUCCUCCGCUUCCUUUCUUUUCCAAGGAUAAUAUAUCCUGUGCAAUCCGAAUGGUUGUCGACGGGUUCCUGGAUCAGGGAGACUGUCCUUCAGCGGUUGGUGUUAUGGAUAAGAUUAACAUUUUCCGCCCUGAUAGAGUUUUCAUGUUCAUAGUUGAAAUUCAUCACAAGGUCGCAUCAGCGAGUCAUCACAGGCACAGAUGUCAUAGGUUGGCUGAAAUCGAAGUUCUUGUAGAUGUAUUGGGGCAUAGAGUUGCAAGUGCAAGCACUUCAAAUUACCUUUUCAAUUUGGUUGGGCAAUAUAUUGGUUGCCAUGCUUUGCAAGAUCAGUGUUGUUGCAUAAUAGGCACUUUGCGAAAGGCUUUUGAGAAUGAUCCAUCCAAAGAAAUCACUAGUGUGUUGGGAGAGCAACUUCAGUUUCUGGUAUCAAAGUUGGUUACAUGUUGCAUACCAUCUGAUGCUAAUGGAGAAAACUCUCCUAGUGGAUCAUCCCAAGUUUUAUCUUUGCUUCAUCAGCUAGUUUUGCAUUCUGCUCCAUUGCUUCAUGACUAUAUUAGAGAAUUGGAACCUUUUCCUGACAUAAAAAUAUUUGAUGAGCUGCGGGAGUUUCAUGAGGAUCUAUGCAGGGUGUACUCUCCAAGGGAUCACUUGUUGAAAUUUGCAAAGAGAUCUUGCCAUCUUCCACCAAGGCUAUUUCUGUGGAGUCUUCAAGCACUUCAUAAAAAGUUAUUGAUGGGAGAAUCAUCUGUGAACGAACUGCAUUUUGAUGCAAGGAGUACACAAUGGCAUGAUGAUCCUGAAAUAGUAGAUGCAGUUUGGACGCUAGUUCGCAUGUGUGGCUCUGAGGAUGCUAACAGUGUUAGAGCAUUGGUGUCGGAUCUUUUGUCUAGGGUUGGGAUUGGGGAUUCACAUUGUGUUGUCUUUCAUCGUCCUGGGUAUUCUAGUCAUGUACAUAUUUGCCAACCCAUAUACUCUGGGGAUGCUUCAGAAAUGAAGUUUAAACUCCAAACAGGCAUGCCUGAAGAACUUCUGUUGGCAGUUUUGAGACUUUUGAAGAAGUAUUUGAUGGACGAUUCUGUUGUAAUUGUUGAAGUGACAUCACAGGCUCUCAGGGGAAUUCUUUCUACUGAAAGGGGUCAAAGUGCUUUGUCAACAUUUGAUUCCUAUGAAAGGUCUCUUGUGGAGAUUCACUCAAUGGGGGUUAACAUGGAACUAGUGGAGAAGCUUCUUUUGGGUUUGGAACGGAAAUUUAAUGUCGAGGCAAUACCACUGGAGAAGUCUGAAGUAUGGGAAACAUCUGGUAAAACUUUUGAUAAGUGGAUCUGUCCACUUGUUUUCUCUCUGAUUGGACAUUGUGAUGAUGUUAUUUUAAGACUAUGUCAAGAUGUUGUUUUGCUAAAAGUAGAAGUGGCUGAGCUCCUACUUCCAUAUAUUGUGGUCAACCUUGGAAGGAAGGGUUUGGAUAAUGAUUUUUCCAAGAUGAUCUCCUCACAGGUCCAAGAGCUGAUAUUUGCUGAGACAAAUAGGUUAACCAAAUCAAUCCAAGUAUUUUUGGGUGUUUUAAAUGAGCUUCGUCUCUGCUACAUCAUGGAAGGGUCUGCUUCUGCUUCAGUACUAUCUAAACGAGAAUGUUCUAAGUAUGCUACGGGCUCCAGUUAUGGAUCAAAAACACGUUCUUCUUCAACAAAAGCUAGAGGUUCAACUUCUAAAUUGCCUUCUUCUGCAUCGUCAUAUUCAUGGGAAAAGGUCUAUUGGAUGUCCAUUGAUUACCUUACUGUGGCAAGGUCAGCUGCUUCUUGUGGAUCGUACUUCACCUCCAUUAUGUAUGUAGAGCAUUGGUGUGAGGAGAAUUUUAAUAGCCUCACAUUGGGGAGGCCUGAUUUCUCCUAUUCUGAGAAGCUUCCCUGCCACAUUGAGAUACUGGUAUCGGCAAUUAUUCAAGUCAAUGAACCUGAUAGUUUAUAUGGGAUAAUUCAGUCACACAAGUUGAGCUCUCAAAUCAUCACCUUUGAGCAUGAAGGAAAUUGGAGCAAGGCCCUUGAGUAUUAUGACUUACAAGUACGGUCAAAAACCAUGGUGCCAGAUGACAUAUGUUCCAGGACAGUGUUAGCAGAGAGCCUUCCUUCAACAGCUCAUCCAUCUUCUUCUGCAUUUGACAAUGUGACUAGGCUGGGAAAACCUUACAAAGGGAUUAUUAGAUCUUUGCAGAAAACUGGUUGUAGUCAUGUGCUGGAUUUGUAUUACCAAGGAUUGACAUCUCGUAGAGGACAGUUCCAGUGUGAUGAAGAACUUUAUGAAUUGCAGUAUGAGGCUGCUUGGCGUGCUCGGAAUUGGGAUUUCUCCUCACUUUCCAGAUCUACUUCUCUCUCUUCUGGUCAACAGAUUAGAUGUGAUCAUUUCAAUGAAAGCCUCCACUGUUGUUUGAGGGCACUGCAAGAAGGGGAUCUUGAGGAAUUCCAUGGAAAACUCAAGGACUCAAAGCAGGAGCUUCUAUGGUCUGUCUCUCAUGCAAGUGAGGAAAGUACUGAACAUCUCUAUUCAACAAUCAUCAAGCUACAGGAUCUACAAUGUCUUUCAUUGCAUUUGCAUCCACAACGUUUCCCUCUACUAAUGUGUGUCAUUCUAAGAAAGUUAAAGCAGAAGUCACUGGAUUUGUGUCUUUUGGUCUCUAGAAAAAUUAUAUUGUAUCAUCUUGGCAAAGCUUGGGAUAUGCGUUGGAGAACCUUCUCUUCCAAUGAAAUGAAAUUGUAUCCAUGGAAGCAAAAAGUAUUUUCUGAACCUUCAAUUCCUACAAUGGACCAGAUGGUUUGGCUGAAUUCUGAUUGGGAAUGGAUUGUGAAACGAACAGAGCUGCACAUGAAUCUUUUAGAGCCUUUCAUUGCCUUUAGGGGGGUUUUGCUCAAUAUUUUGAGUUGCAAGGACUCCAUGGUGCAACAUCUUUUGCAGUCUGCCUCCACCCUUCGAAAGGGUUCUAGGUUUUCUCAAGCAGCUGCAUCUUUACAUGAGUUUAAAUACCUUGUGGUUGAGCGCAGGGAGCCAGGCUCUUCAUUAUAUUGGACGGGAAGGCUGGAAGAAGCAAAGCUUCUGCGUGCUCAGGGUCAGAAUGAGAUGGCCAUCAGCCUUGCCAAAUAUAUUUCGGAAAAUUUCCCUUUGGAUGAAAAGGCUUCAGAUGUAUAUCGCUUGAUUGGAAAGUGGCUGGCAGAAACCCGAUCUAGCAACUCAAGAACUAUUUUGGAGAAAUACCUGAAACAUGCAGUUUCGCUAGCUGCGGAUCGCAAAAGUACAGAUAAGAAAUCCAUAGAAAGACAAGGCCAGACCCAUUUUCAUCUUGCACACUAUGCAGAUGCUCUUUUUAGGAGUUAUGAGGAGAGACUUACCUCAAAUGAAUGGCAAGCAGCAAUGCGCUUAAGGAAACACAAGGACCUGGAGUUAGAAGCACUUGUAAGGAGAUUCAAGAGUUCAGCGAAGGGGGAGAAGACAGACUACUCGGUGAAAAUACAAGAGUUGCAAAAGCAGCUUGCAAUGGAUAAGGAAGAAGCCAAGAAAUUACAGGAUGACAGAGACAACUUUCUUAACCUGGCUUUGGAGGGAUACAAGCGUUGUUUGGUCAUAGCGGACAAAUAUGAUGUGAGGGUGGUGUUCCGUCUGGUUUCAUUGUGGUUCAGUCUCUCUUCCAGAAAAAAUAUUGUUAAUAGCAUGUUUAGCACCAUCGAUGAGGUUCAGUCUUACAAAUUUGUACCACUAGUUUACCAAAUUGCUUCUCGAAUGGGAAGUUCAAAAGAUUCUCCAGGACCUCAAAGCUUUCAGUUUGCUUUGAUCUCUCUUGUCAAGAAGAUGGCAAUGGACCAUCCAUAUCAUACUGUCUUUCAGCUUCUAGCUUUGGCCAAUGGUGACCGAAUCAAGGACAAACAGCGCAGUAGAAACUCAUUUGUAGUGGAUAUGGAUAAGAAGCUUGCAGCAGAAAACCUAUUAGAGGAGUUGUCAUCAUAUCAUGGAGCUAUCAUCAGACAAAUGAAACAAAUGGUGGAGAUCUAUAUCAAACUUGCAGAACUGGAAACAAGGAGAGAGGACACCAGCAAGAAAAUAUCCCUACCGCGAGAAAUCCGGAGUCUAAAAGAGCUAGAACUUGUGCCAGUGGUGACAGCUACCUUUCCAAUUGACCGAAGUUGUCAGUAUAAGGAGGGCUCCUUCCCAUAUUUCAAGGGAUUAGAAGAUUCCAUCACGGUAAUGAUUGGAAUAAAUGCUCCAAAAGUUAUUGAAUGCUUUGGUUCUGAUGGUCACAACUAUCGGCAGCUAGCAAAAUCUGGAAAUGAUGAUUUAAGACAAGAUGCUGUGAUGGAACAAUUUUUUGGUUUAGUGAACACCUUUUUGCAUAAUCACCGAGAUACACGAAAGAGAAGAUUAGGUGUUCGAACCUACAAGGUCAUCCCUUUUACUCCUAGUGCUGGUGUGCUUGAAUGGGUUAAUGGUACUCUUCCUCUAGGUGACUACCUUAUAGGAAGCAUGAGAAAUGGAGGUGCACAUGGUCGGUAUGGGAGAGGAGAUUGGUUAUAUCUAAAAUGCCGAGAGUACAUGAAUAAUGAAAAGGACAAGCGCAAAGCAUUCCAAGAAGUCUGCAAGAACUUCAGGCCGGUCAUGCAUCACUUUUUCCUGGAGAGAUACUCUUUGCCAGCUGAUUGGUUUGAGAGAAGGCUUGCUUACACAAGAAGCGUGGCUACUAGUUCAAUGGUUGGCUAUAUAGUUGGUCUAGGAGAUCGACAUUCCAUGAACAUUCUAAUUGAUCAGGCCACUGCAGAGGUUGUUCACAUUGAUCUUGGUGUUGCCUUUGAGCAAGGCUUGAUGCUGAAGACCCCAGAGCGGGUCCCUUUCAGGCUAACGAGGGAUAUCAUCGAUGGUAUGGGAGUUACAGGAGUAGAGGGAGUGUUCAGAAGAUGUUGUGAAGAGACUCUUUCUGUGAUGAGGACAAAUAAAGAAGCACUGCUGACAAUUAUUGAAGUUUUCAUUCAUGAUCCACUUUAUAAAUGGGCUUUGUCUCCAUUGAAGGCUUUGCAGCGUCAAAAGGAAACAUAUGAUGACCUGGAGACAAGCUUUGAAGAUUCUCAAGAUGAAUAUGAAGGGAAUAAGGACGCUACGAGGGCACUGAUGCGUGUCAAGCAAAAAUUGGAUGGAUAUGAGGAGGGAGAAAUGAGAAGCGUGCAUGGUCAGGUCCAACAACUCAUACAGGAUGCCAUUGAUCCCGACCGUCUAUGUCAACUGUAUCCUGGAUGGGGAGCCUGGUUGUGACAUAUACACAACUUUACCUCCAGACUUCUGAAGGCACCCGCCACCCAGUCAUCCUGUACAGGCGCGGCUGUGUAUAGUAUUCUUAUUGGUUGAGUCAUAUGUUGGGUGAGGCAGGUGUUUGUAAGAACGAGAAAAGGAUCCCACAAUAAUUUCAUUUCAAACUUUUUUGUUCUUAUAUUGUAAAUUUCGGUGCCCUUCCUAAUUCAAGCUCCUUCAAUUGGUACGGUCUGCUUGCUCUGAUAUAACCAGCCUGAGAACCAACAUCCGAAUCCAUUGUUCUCAAUGUCACAUAAGGUGGUGUUGGACCUGUUGGUGGGGGCUUC